CCAAAACCAGCCAACGUGAAAACGACAAGCUAAAGCCAAUCAAGAAUAGCUGCUUGGCCAUGGAACAAAAACGACGUGUCUGCUACUUUUAUGAUGCCAAUGUUGGCAACUACCAUUAUGGCCCUGGUCAUCCCAUGCGACCCCACCGUAUAAGAAUGUGCCAUGGCCUUGUUAUGAAUUAUGGCUUGUACAAGAAGAUGGAAAUCUAUCGUGCCAAACCCGCCAACAAAUGGGAGAUGACCCAGUUUCAUACUGACGAGUACAUCGAUUUCCUUUCGCGUGUCACACCAGAGAAUAUGGAUCAGUAUCAGAAAGAGCAAGCCAAAUUCAACGUCGGUGAUGAUUCGCCUGUAUUUGAAGGCUUAUUUGAAUAUUGCGGCUUGAGUGCUGGCGGAUCGAUGGAGGGAGCGGCUCGACUGAACCGUGGGUUAUGUGAUAUCGCCAUCAAUUGGGCUGGAGGGCUGCAUCAUGCUAAGAAAUCCGAAGCGUCUGGAUUCUGUUAUGUAAACGACAUUGUUCUUGGUAUUCUGGAACUGUUACGAUACUAUGCUCGUGUGUUAUACAUCGACAUUGAUGUGCAUCACGGCGACGGUGUGGAAGAAGCGUUUUAUACUACUGAUCGCGUCAUGACUGUGAGCUUUCACAAGUAUGGUGAAUUUUUCCCCGGCACAGGUGAACUCAAGGAUGUUGGUGCAGGCAAAGGCAAAUACUACAGUGUCAACUUUCCUUUGAGGGAUGGUAUUGAUGAUGAAAGCUACAAAUCUGUAUUUGAGCCAGUAAUUGAGAAAGUGAUGGAAUGGUACCGUCCCUCUGCUGUUGUAUUACAAUGUGGUGGUGACUCGCUCAGUGGUGAUAAAUUGGGCUGCUUCAAUCUGUCAAUGAAAGGCCAUGCCAACUGUGUGGAAUACGUGAAGAAGUUUAAUCUACCUACAUUGGUGCUUGGUGGUGGAGGUUACACUAUGCGCAAUGUGGCACGUGCGUGGGCCUAUGAAACGGGUGUGGUAGUCGGUCAAGAAAUUGGUCCUGAUAUGCCAUAUAACGAUUACUAUGAGUAUUUUGGACCGGAUUACAAACUUGACGUGCGUCCAAGUAAUAUGGAAAACAUGAACACACCCGAUUACUUGGAGAAAAUGAAGAUGCAGGUCUAUGAAAAUCUUUCAAGGACAUUAUUUGCUCCUAGCGUUCAGAUGCAGGAGGUACCUGGCGAUCACAUCGUCUCUGAUGAUGAAGACGAAAAUGAUCCCAACGAUCGAUAUCCACAGUCGUUCUGGGAUCGUCGCAUUGUUCCAGACAAUGAAUAUUACGAUUCCGAUGAAGGAGAAACACAAAAUACACCCGGGAUGAAAAAGAGCCGACAUUAUCAAGCUUAUGAUGACGAUAAUCAUGAGUAUGACGGAGAUGAGAGCGAUGGUGGACAAGCGAACGGCAAAGCACCGUCCGCGGACAACACACGAGCUUCCUCCAUGAGUAUCGAUGACAAGCAGCCUAUGGAGAUUUCUCAAGAUGAAGAAAGACAAAUUGCAGAGGCUCUUUUGGAUGACAAGGUCAAGGUGGAGCCAACGGAAUCCAACGAUGGACUAAAAGAGGACGAGGAUGUGACGAUGACGGAAUCCGCCAAGCAAGAUGAAGCCUCCACGGAACCAGCGUCGGCGGAUAAAGGGGGUUCAGCUGAUGCGUUGAAAUCUGAAUCAUCUGCGAUUGCACCACCCAAUCCGCCUACGUCUGCCAAGAGAAAAGCCGUCGAUGACAGUGAAGAAGAGGGUGAAGUGGUUUCUCACAAGUCGACUUCACCGGCACCCAAAGAAAUCAAGGAGACGAUCAGCACCACGAGUACCACCGAAGCACCCGCGUCUCCGAAAGUGGAUACCGAGGAACCGAAAGAUAAGGUGGAAAAACAAGAGCCCAUGGAUAUACUGGAAGAAGGUGAAAUACCAGAUAGUCCGACCGACAAAACUGCAUAGUUCUCUCACACCCAUCCAACCAACCUCACACGCACCCACAUGAAUCAUUUUUAACUGUUCUUACUUUAUAAAUUCGCCAUUGCCAUUGUUUUGUCCUCGCCAACUUUUUUUUUCUUGAUCUGUCUUUGAACGGUAUGUCUCAUGAUAGUAUCUCGGUGAGCACAUCUAGGAAAAAUGAAAGAAC